CCACACUUUCAAAGAUAGAUGGCACAUGAUUCUCAUGGUUCCGACCUCAUCUACAAUUCGAGUCUAAAAGAAGGCAGCCGCUAAUCAGAGCAUGCAAAUGCGACCGAAUAUUCUGACCAUCUGCAACGAGAUUUCGAGCACCGACGGCCUUAUGCCCUGCAUAUCGAAGAGAUCAAUUUCUCAGCGGGAUCUACUGACAUCUGGUUCUGCAUAUAAUUGUUGCCCUGCUUGGUUUAUCGCUUCCAUGGUAAGCGUUCUCCCCGUCUACUUUGUUUAUAUCCGGCCAGGUGGUUCUAUAGUCAUCAUUCCAAGGGAUAUUAUCCCCCGUUCUUUCGCUUUCGGUUUUCCUUUCCUUUUCCCCUUCUCCGAUGUUCUCUUGUCCCUGAAAAAUAAAAAAUGCAGCCGAUUUGUAAUAUUCUCGCAGUAAAUCGUUCUUUCCCACCCUCUUUUCCGUACUAACAAUAAAUCUUGUGCAUAUAUAAUUAGUGAGUAUACU